AUGGACGAGGUACCGUACUCUGAGCUUUCAGACAGCGGUAGAGUUCUUAGGCGUGCACGGAUGUGUGCCCUCAUCAAAAUUGGUCGUUCUCACAAUGAGGUCAUGGAGCCGUGCAAAGUUGCCCCGUCUACCCUGUCCAACAUCACCAAGCGGUGCCUCAACUCGGCUGUUUUCAUGGACGUCCCUCGGUCUGGCGGUCCAACCAAGCACGACGAACGCGAUGACAAACGCAUUGUCCGGUUGGUGCGCUCCGGCGUGGAGAAAAACGCCGUAGUCGCUGCGGCCCCUUUCAACAUGACCGCUGAAAAGCCGAACAGUGCGAAAACGGUGAGGGAGAUCUUGCAUCAGAACGGUGGAAAGUCAAGGAUAAAACCAAGAAAACCCUUUCUGAGCCGCAAAGCACGGGAGGAGCGCCUCAAGUGA